CUGUCGUCCGACUUGCGAUUGACUGAUUGUAAUCGACAGCCAUCUCUCAGCAACUCGUGGUGUCUCGAAGACAUUUCCACCGCUCCUAACCUGUUCACUGUAUCUGGUGAUAUAUUACAGGCAGCUUGAAGAUUCUACUACCGUGCCAUGGACCAACCGUAUACCGACAGACACGAAUCCCAAAUCUACGCCUAUCUACGAUCCGAUUUCAUACCCACAGAUGGCGAAAUGGCCCAGAUCCUUUCCGACGUGUCUUUCUUAACAAAGGAGCUGGAAAGCACCAACUGCAAUGAGCGAGUGAAGAAGCAGAAAGCCCUAAACAUUAGACGAUCAAUCCUUGCACCCAUCCGUCGACUCCCUGUCGAAAUUUUGCUCGAAAUAUUCUCUCUUCUUCCUCCGGAGCGUCCUCCAAGCAAUCGCCAUCAAUUUUAUGCUCUACCCUCACGUCCAUCCAACACCCGAGACAUGCCAUGGGUACUGAGUCACGUAUCGGCUUUCUGGCAUGCCACGUCUCUUGCUUCUCCCCCAUUAUGGACGCAUAUCUACAUCGCGUCAAAGUAUGCGAAAAUGGAGCAGUUUCUCAUACAAACCACCCUUGCACGCUCCCAGGAUUGUCCGCUAGAUCUUUGCAUUUGCAUGGAUUUGGAGGAUCCAGAGUGUGAAGAGAUUGUCAUAAAAUCCCUUACACUCGCAGCGCCGCGCUGCGUAUCGCUGAGGCUCGACAUUCCCGCUCCAACGUUGAUGGCACUUUCACUUUCAUGCUCAUUCCCGCGCCUUCAGCAUCUGGAAUUGCAUGUCGAUAUUCACCCCGCUGAUCUUACUACGAGUGUCGAUGUGUUCAUGAAAUCGGUGCAAUUACAUAGCGUGCGCUUCAUGGAAGUACGCGUACCAGAACAGAUCCAGCUCCCGCUUACGGAACUGCAUGUCCUGUCCCAGGUGUUUGUAGACUCUUAUGAUCAGCUCGCGGUCAUACUGAAGGAGGCGAAGGGUUUAGUUUCGUUGGAUGCUUGGCCUUCGGGAGCCUAUGCCUCCUCUCUUGUUGGGUCCGCGGCUGAGAAGAUCACCCACAGCAAUUUGCGCUGCCUUGAUACAGGCUACUCGGCGCUAGAACACCUCUCACUUCCUGCACUGGAUCAUCUGACGUUGGAUGAAGACGAUAUGCAGCACGAGACGGAGGAGAAGAUGCAGGUGCUUCCAGACUUCUUGCAGCGAUCUAAGUGCCACCUCCGUCGUCUGCGUCUGAUGCACUAUGGUCGUGUGGCGAAGAUUCUACCAUUGAUCCUCGGUUCGCCUUCGUUCAUAACGCUUACGCGACUGGACAUAUAUGUGGAAUCUGUAGAAGUCUACGCCCUCCUAGGGGACAUUAGAUUGAUGCCGCAGCUACGCCAUUUGUCAAUCUGCGACGGAUUUGAGAAUGAGAAUGAGACGUCAUUCUUCGGUGUAUGCGCGGAACCGUUCCAUGCGAUAAUUGAGGCGCGGAGGAACCAAUUAAGAGGGCUGACACUUACUUCGCUCGAGGUAGAGAGGAUGACUCCAGAGCUGCUGGAACAUAUAAGGGAAAUUGCAGAGGAUGGUAUUGAGGUGGAAUUUAUAGGACGUGGUUUAGACCAGCUCUAUCCUCCAUAAACAAUAGAUCCCUUCAAGAGUUUUGAAUAUAAUUUUACAACUUCUUUACAAAAGUAUGACAGG